UAAUCGAGGUAGUGGGGCACUUAUAUCAGUGUAACUUCUCCUCGCGCAAUCAUUAUUCACUCCGGAAGCGCGUGGUUAGAGUUUAUAAAGACGAAAACGAGUGCUGAUAGAGAAGAAAAAAAUGACAUUACGAUCAAGUGGAUUAUUGACUCAAUUUGUUGAAAUAAUUUGUUAAUCGCGGAGAAGGUGGUGUCUGUGUUAAUUGAAAAUGGAUUGAUCGUUGUUCAGAGGAUUAAUUGAAAUUCCGAGGUAAUUGGUGAACGUUGGUGAGACGUUUAUCUCGGAAACUAAUUGUUGUAAAGGAAAAGUCGUUGGAACUUUUCUGGAGAUGGGGAAAUUUUGGAGAAUAAGUUGUAAUGAUAUUUUCUUGUGGAAACAAUAAUUAUCGAGAUAAUUGAGUGAUUAGAGAUGAGAAAAUGAGCAAAGCAGUAAUGCGAGGAGACAACCUGAGGCUGUUCCUCCGAUCGAACACGGAGACCCUGGAGGUCCUGGGGGACGGCUGUCGAGUGAAGAUCGUGGAUAACACGGGGAAGAUCCGUAUGAUCGGGGAUGGGAGUCGCCUAGAGAUAACCGGCACAAACUGCGGAGAAAUCGAGUACCGGGGAGAUGGUGGAAGGAUAAUACUAGGACCGCAAGUCUCCAGGAGGAAUAUUCUAUACAUCGGGGACGGGGGAAGGGUGGGACGUCAUCCUCUGGUGCAUUCUGGACCUGAUAUCGUCGAGAAGUCCUCGGGAAUCGGCUUCUGCACCACCUCCAAAAUCAAAACUACUGUUUACACACCAGAUUGAGGAUUUUUUUUUUUCAGUUUUUAUCGGUUUAACCG